AUGCGCGGAUCGAACGACCGCGUGGAGGUGUUCAAGCUGUCGGAGAACCUCUGGUUCGCCGGAACCGCGCAGCUGCCGCCGUUUGAAGACGUUGGAAACGGUGGGAACAGCGAAGGAGAUAACAGCGGCGGAGAUAGUAACGGCGGCGGAGAUAACAGCGGCGGAGAUAACAGCGGCGGAGAUAACAGCGGAAGCCACGGCAACAGCACCGGUUAUGACAACAGCGGAGGCGAUUCGAGCGCGGGGAUCGCGGACGGCCCGCGCGACUCCAUGGAGACGCGCAAGGAGGAGCUGCUUGCGCGGCUCCGCGGCGGCGGAAUGGAAGCCGCAAACGCCGGCGGCGAUCAGGGGAGCCCCGCGUCUGCGCCCGCCGCAGCCCCUGCGAGCGCGCCGGCUCCCGCUGUGGAUCCGCUGGAGCAACAGAUGGAGGAGCGAUUGGCGGAGGUGGGGGAAUUCUCGGCGCGCACGACAGAGCUGAAACAAGUGGUGAAGCGGAAACCGGCGGUUGGGUUUCCCGAGGUCCGUGCUUUUCCUCCUGACGUCGCUCCGUGUGUGGGCAACGGAAACAUCCUUCACACUGUCAACGUUGCAAUGGUUGUGUACGACAAGCAAGGGAAGCAGCUCACUCGCAUCAUCCCACACAACGAGGCAAGUGCUAAAGCAAUCAUGUUCGCUCGCAUGCAAGACAACGUGAGUGCAGACAUGUGCACCUCUGGCAUGCUCCUAAAUGCCAUGCUCUGUGUCCCCCCCCUCUCUCGUUCUCUCGUCUUCUGUCUCCCACUCUCACCAUCGAUGUCAAAUGCGGGCCUCUUUUCAAUCUUCCUCCCACUCCCUCUCUCGCCCUCGCUCUGCCUCUCCUCCACAACCCUGCACCACACACUCCUCCACCCGCACCACACACUCCUCCACCCGCACCACACACUCCUCCACCCGCACCACACACUCCUCCACCCGCACCACACACUCCACCCGCACCACACACUCCACCCGCACCACACACUCCACCCGCACCACACACUCCACCCGCACCACACACUCCACCCGCACCACACACUCCACCCGCAGCAGCGGGUGGAGCGGGCGACAAGGGCCCCGAUCACCCGCUGCCCCUCUCCUCCCUUGCUGUCACUUCGUCAGGGUGCCGCCAUCGAUGGUACAUUCUUCGGGGUUCUACCAUCAGUGGUGGAGAGGAGACAGCCUCUCAACGCAUCAGUAUUCGGGGACAGCAUCGGCGACAUGACAUGCACAUAUGACCGCCAGGCCAAGCGCUUCUACCUCUCCACCUACUGGACUUCCGGGGGUGCCAACAACACGUAUGACAAGUUUGGGCAGACGAGGAGGCGAGGCAACGUGACAGUGGCCUCAGGGCUGAUAGUGGCAGCGACAACCACGGAUGACCCCACAAAGGAGUGGAACCUCUUCUUCAUCCCCGGCUCGUAUGCUCGCCCCCCUUUCGCUCACGCCAUUUCUCAUACUUCCAUCUUCUCCUUCCCCGUGUUUCCUCCCUCUCCCCCACCAUUCCCUCCCAGCAACGAUGGCAUCAACUCCAAUCCGGACUGGAGGGCGCCUCUGCACUUCAACUCGUCUCGACUCACCAUGUUUUGUAUGCUGGGUCCUGUCGCUCGCGUGUGA